UUCGACGAGUCCCACCGAGGUUCUCUAUUCCCCCCACCAAUCAUGAGAUCAUGCCUGGCGGGAGCGUAAAUAUCACGUGUGUUGCGGUGGGGUCACCAAUGCCUUAUGUGAAAUGGAUGCUAGGAGCAGAAGAUUUGACACCUGAGGAUGAUAUGCCAAUAGGGAGGAACGUCCUUGAGCUUAAUGAUGUCAGGCAGUCUGCAAACUAUACUUGUGUUGCUAUGUCUACCCUUGGUGUGAUAGAAGCAAUAGCUCAGAUAACUGUCAAAGCCUUACCCAAGCCUCCUGGAAUACCUGUGGUGACAGAAAGCACAGCGACAAGUAUAACAUUGACUUGGGAUUCUGGAAACCCUGAGCCAGUUUCUUACUACAUAAUUCGACACAAACCCAAAAACUCUGAGGAGCAAUAUAAGGAAAUUGAUGGGGUAGCCACAACACGCUAUAGUGUCGCUGGCCUAAGCCCAUAUUCAGAGUAUGAAUUUCGGGUGGUUGCUGUAAAUAACAUCGGCAGAGGACCACCCAGUGAGCCUGUGUCAACAAGGACUUCAGAGCAAGCCCCUUCAAGUGCACCACGCAAUGUACAGGCCCGUAUGUUGAGCUCUACCACCAUUUUGGUACAGUGGGAAGAACCUGAGGAACCUAAUGGACAGAUACAAGGUUACAGAGUUUAUUACACCAUGGACCCCACUCAACAUGUCAACAGUUGGAUGAAGCACAAUGUGGCUGACAGCCAUAUUACCACUAUUGGAAAUCUGAUACCCCAGAAAACAUACUCUGUGAAGGUUCUUGCUUUUACUUCUGUUGGGGAUGGACCACUUUCUAGUGACAUUCAAGUCAUCACUCAAACAGGAGUGCCUGGUCAGCCACUGAACUUCAAAGCAGAACCUGAGUCUGAAACGAGCAUAUUACUUUCCUGGACACCUCCACGCUCUGAUACCAUUUCCAGCUAUGAACUGGUUUACAAAGAUGGAGAGCAUGGGGAGGAGCAAUGGGUUUCCACUGAACCUACUACAUCUUAUCGCCUGCAAGGCUUAAGGCCAAACAGCUUGUACUUAUUUCGUCUAGCUGCUCGUUCUCCUCAAGGCCUGGGUGCUUCAACAGCAGAAAUCUCAGCGAGAACCAUGCAGUCAAAGCCAUCAGCUCCUCCUCAAGACAUUAGUUGCACAAGCCCCAGCUCCACUAGCAUUUUGGUAAGUUGGAAACCUCCACCAGUGGAAAAACAGAAUGGCAUUAUCACUGAAUACUCCAUCAAGUACAUUGGGAUUGAUGGAGAAGAUGUCACACCCCAUGAAAUUUUGGGAAUUUCCUCGGACAGUACCCAAUACCUUUUGGAACAGCUGGAAAAAUGGACUGAGUACCGGAUCUCUGUGACUGCCCACACUGAUGUUGGACCUGGCCCAGAAAGCUUAGCAGUAUUGAUUCGGACAGAUGAAGAUGUUCCUAGUGGUCCUCCUCGCAAAGUCGAGGUAGAGGCUGUCAACUCUACUGCUGUUAAAGUUUCAUGGCGCUCGCCUGUACCCAAUAAGCAGCAUGGUCAGAUCCGAGGAUACCAGGUCCACUAUGUGAGGAUGGAAAAUGGAGAGCCAAAGGGUCAGCCCAUGCUCAAGGACAUCAUGCUGGCUGAUGCACAGUGGGAAUAUGAUGAUACUACUGAACAUGAAAUGAUAAUUUCUGGGCUGCAGCCUGAAACGACAUACUCCUUCACUGUGACAGCCUAUACAACAAAAGGUGAUGGAGCACGCAGCAAGCCCAAACUCGUAUCUACUACUGGUGCAGUUCCAGGCAAACCUCGGCUUGUGAUUAGCCACACACAGAUGAACACGGCUCUAAUUCAGUGGCACCCUCCCGUGGACACCUUUGGCCCGCUGCAGGGUUAUCGCCUGAAAUUCGGUCGCAAAGACAUGGAUACAUUUACAACCAUGGAGUUCUCAGAGAAGGAAGAUCACUUCACAGCCACAGACAUUCACAAAGGAGCUUCUUACGUCUUCAGGCUCUCAGCUAGAAAUAAAGUGGGCUUUGGGGAGGAGAUGGUUAAAGAGAUUUCUGUUCCUGAAGAGGUGCCCAGUGGAUUUCCCCAACAUCUCCACUCAGAAAGCUCUACUUCUACAUCAGUUCAAUUAACCUGGCAGAUGCCACUCUUGGCAGAAAGAAAUGGCAUUAUCACCAAAUAUACCAUCUUGUACCGAGAUAUCAAUGUUGCUUACCAGCCAGUUGAACUCUUAGUUGUUCCUGCAGAUACUUCUAUGACACUUUCUGGCUUAAAACCAGAUACCACAUAUGAUGUAAAAGUACGUGCCCACACAAGCAAAGGGCCUGGUCCAUAUAGUCCAAGUGUCCAGUUCAGGACACUACCCGUGGAUCAAGUGUUUGCAAAAAAUUUUCAUGUUAAAGCAGUAAUGAAGACUUCUGUUUUGCUGUCCUGGGAAAUUCCAGAAAAUUACAAUUCAGCCUUGCCUUUCAAGAUCCUUUAUGAUGAUGGGAAAAUGGUGGUGGAGGUGGAUGGACGUGCUACUCAAAAGCUGAUCACUAACUUGAAGCCAGAGACAUCAUAUUCAUUUGUGCUGACGAACAGAGGGAAUAGUGCUGGGGGUCUUCAGCACAGAGUGACAGCAAAAACUGCACCAGAUGUGCUUCGCACCAAGCCAGUCUUCAUUGGAAAGACCAACUUAGAUGGCAUGAUAACUGUGGAACUUCCAGAAGUACCUUCAAAUGAGAAUAUAAA